AUGUACAACAUAGACGAGUUGGUUGAUUACAUCCGGUCGUUUGACUAUUGGCGCAAAACUUUGAGGGAAAUAGCCUCCAACCAUUAUAAUUUGAAGGACCCCGAACACGACGUGGAAGUCCGCAAAUCCAUGACCCCAAACGAAAUCGUCAGUUGCAAGUACAUCAAGGAUUCCUGGAAAUUGGUGUACGGGAUCUACAAGAAUCGGCGGUUGUUUGUGGAGUACGACGACUAUCAGAUCGACGAGCCACAAAGUCACCUCACCCGAUCUCUUUUGCAUGUCAACAAGACGUAUCUUGUCAAAUACCGUAAGACGGUGCAACUUUCUGCCGACAUCUACAAUUUGUCGUGUGGACUAAUCAUUCAGAAUGCUCUGGGGUUGGGCAGCAUGAAUUUUAAAGUGAUCAGAACAGAUACAAACCAGGAGUUGCUCAGUUUCUUCCCGGCCACCAAUAUUAACGACCUGGUUCCGCACGGCAAGUUUGUGCUGCUGGACCUGGGAGAUUUCACCUUGCGGAUGACCGACGAGGAGAAACGCACAUUGACCGAAAACAAACAGCUGGAGGUGGACAUUGUGAUGGAAGAGACUGGACUUUAUCUCAAGUCUGGGUUUGUGGUUUGUUUUAUCGACGUGAACGCUUAUCCUUCGUCGAGCAAGGGAAUUGACCCGUACACGAACAAGGUCGUUGUCACGGAGAAACGUCCGUGGAUGGCGUGGUCGAUCGACAACCAGGAACCCAUUCCGGAGGUUGUUGUGAACCGGUUACUAAAACGGCUAUACAAGUCGAUCAACGGGCUGGUUUCGAUGAAGCCACAGGAGUCGCCGUUCCAGCGGAUCGGCAGUUUUGCAGAGCUGAACGGCCGGCAGCCAAUCCAACAGACCAAGACAGAACGGCGGCGCAGAAACUCCGAGUUCGAGCCCAUCAUCGACGUGGAUACCUACAACAGAGAUUUCUACUCAAACGUCAACGAGAACGGCGAGCCAAUCACACGCACCUUCCGAUACCUGACCCAGUACGAUAGACGGCUUCAAGAGACUCGUGUGGCGGUGGGUGAGGAGCACGUUGCUGUCAACGAGCCGCUAAAAUGGAAAUUAUCCACCAUCUUAGAGGUGUAA